AUGGCCGCCGUCUCCCGCGCCCUCGCGGGCAUCAAGCAUCCCCCGCGCUCGUCGCCUCGGCAAAUGUCGCGCGGCCGCCGCUCCGCCGUCGCCGUCGCCGCCGCCAAGGCGCCCGCCACCUCGAUCGCGUCAAACGCCAACGAUGCUCAGGAGGGUGGGUACUUUGGCAGCGGCUUCGACGCGCCGAACGAGUACGGUUACUUCGAAUCCGCCAUCACCGUCGCCGAGCAGAAGCGCAAGGACAAGCUCACCGAGGGCGGGUUCAAGCAGAUCAAGGGGCUGAGCGCGGAGGAGGAGAAGGCUCGGUACGCGCGCCUCUGCUCCAAGCACCCGGAAUCGCAGCGAUGCGAGGAGGGGUUCAGCCAAAAGUACGUCACGAAACCCGCGACGACGUCGAAGAUCAACGGAUCCCUCGUGCGUUCCGACGGCAUCAUCUUAGUCCCGGGCAACCGCGAGGAUCUCAUCACCUACGUCCUCGAUCCCAAGAUGAGCGGCGACACAAUCGGGCUUUUGAUCCCCACGCUCUUUGUCAUCUUGGGCGCGCAGCUCAAGAAGGUGGCGGGGGUGCCCGAGUACGUGUCGGGCGCGGUGGCCAUCACCACCAAGGUUGUGGCGACGGGGCUCAUCGCGCUGUACUGGCUCCCGGAGUUCACCGCCGGGCUCGUGCAGUGA